AUGCCGCCCCCUGCCGAAGGCACGCUUUUGCAGGCUCCGGAGAAGAGCAAUGACAUGAUCGAUGCAGGCCCUGAGUCUCUCACCUCAUGGCCCAAUGUCUCCUUCCUGACCAAGCAGCGAACAUCGCCUUCAGUCAUGAAGCUUUCACAGUCUCUUGUUGCGGCCAUUGCGCUAAGUGGCAGUGUCUCUGCUGAGCCUGACUCGUAUGACUACAUCGUUGUGGGAGGUGGCACUGCUGGUGCCGCUCUCGCUACGCGUCUGAGUUUGGGCCUCCCCAAAUCGAAGAUCUUGCUCGUCGAAGCAGGUCCUGCCGCUCCCGAUGAUCUCAGGAUCAAUGUUCCUGGCUUCCGGGGGUCAAUCUUGGGGUCUGAGCUCGAUUGGAAUUUCACAACGGUAGGACAGUCGGCGCUUGAUGGCCGCUCAGUUCUUGUGAACCGCGGCAAGGUUCUUGGCGGCUCGUCUGCCAUGAACUACCUUUGCUACGACCGCGCGUCUGCGCCAGAGUACGAGUCCUGGGCCGAGUUCGGCAACAAGGGAUGGGGUUGGAACACCAUGAUCAAUGCCAUGACCAAGUCGGAAAAUUUUACCGACGACGACGACGACCGACAUGGUUUCAAGGGGCCCAUCCGCAACUACUACAAUCGUGUGGUAUACCCUGUGCUGAGGCUCUGGGAGCCUGCCGUAAGCAAGUUGGGCAUCAACAUCAACGACCGCCAGAGCAUGGGUGGUGAGCCCAUUGGAGUAGGCUUCCAGCCGACCAACAUAGAUGUUACAAGGCACACUCGAUCUUACUCAGCGAGCAGCUACCUUCCUUUGGCUGGCAAAAACUUGAUUGUCAAGACAAAUACCCAGGUUGAGAAGGUCAUUUUGGUCAAGCGCAAGAGUUCGUACCAGGCCACCGGCGUGACCCUUCCCGGUGGUGUCAUCAUCACCGCCAAGAAGGAGGUCAUUGUUUCUGCUGGUUCCGUCCAAAGCCCGGGUAUUCUUGAGCUCUCGGGAGUUGGCCAGCCCAAUGUUCUCAAGGCCGCUGGCAUCACUCCCCUUGUCAACCUCCCUGGUGUGGGCGAAAACUACCAGGACCACAUCCGCGUUUCCAACACGUACCGACUCAAGGAUGGCAUCGAUUCGUUCGACAACCUCAUCUUUGACAACGCGGGGGUCAACGCCACAGGUGAACUGCAAAAGUGGCAGGAGGGUAAACAGUCGCUAUACGAGUAUACAACUGCAGCCUACGGCUUCAUGAACUGGAAGCAGCUCGGCAUUGAGGCCAAGAUCAAGAAGAUUGCCACUGACGUCUUCGGCUCCAGUAAAAACGUUGUCGACGCCAAGAAGCUGCAGUUCCUCAAUAACUCCCAGGUCCCUUCGGUGGAAGUUAUCUACGAAGCCAACUAUGUCGGCGCCUUUGGCUACACUGGUGGAAAGUUUGUAACCUUCCUGUCCACGGUAAUGCAUCCCUUCUCGCGCGGUAGUGUGCAUAUCGACCCCCAGAGCCCUUGUGGAAAGCCCAUCAUCGACCCAAAGUUUUUGAGCAACGAGUAUGACCUUACUGCUCUUGUGGAAGCCGCAAGAUUCUCUCGCCGCAUCGCCGAAACUGCACCCAUCAAGGCAACCUGGGAGGCCGAGACUGAGCCCGGCCCAGAUGUCCAGACCGACGAGCAGUGGCGCGCAUUCGCGAAGAAGGCCAUGGGCAGCUUUUACCAUCCUGUUGGUACCUGUGCCAUGCUGCCCCGAAAGGACGGUGGUGUUGUGGAUGCUGAGCUUCGCGUCUACGGAACCACUGGCCUGCGUGUUGUUGAUAACAGCAUCAUUCCCAUUAUCCCUUCGGCUCACAUCCAAACAGCCGCUUAUGGCAUUGCUGAAGUUGCCGCAGCCAAGAUUAUUGCUUCUGCGUAA